AUGUGGUUCAAAACCAUGAGAAAUCCAGAUGUCAAACUUCAGCAACCACCCUUUAGCCCAUCUAAGCCAUCAACAACAACAAUCCCAGCAUUCGCACAACAAUCGGAUGUUGCAGGGUGCCCUCUUACACUCUCAAAUGAGUUCUUUGAUGGGAUAAAAGUGCAUGUGGUGUCACAAAAGAUGAUAGUACUGUCCAUUGCAGCAUUGUUGUAUUCUGCGUACUCUUCUGCUGCACUUGGCAUGGCAGAUCAUAGCCAUGGCCAUGCCACAUCAUCAUAUGAAAUGAUGCCUAUGCUGCCAGAUGACUCAGAAACCUGGGUGAAUGAGUUGGGAAAGGCUUAAGUGAGAGGCUUUUAACUGACAAGGUCUAAUGAGAAAUGUGAUGUGGUGUAUUGUUUUUGUGGCAUUAGGCUCCACCCCUUGAACUGCCGUGAUGCAUUUUCUCUGAGCCAAAGUGAGGAACUUGUUGUGGAUGCAAGUGUGAGAGGGUUGAAGAAUUGCUUCAUUAGCACCACAAAUGUCAAUGGUUUCCCUUGUCAGUGCUCCAAGUGCUUAAAUAGCCUCUAUUUGGUGAGCUUUCCUUAUUUCUAA